GGCUCCGUCCGUCCACGUCAUCAAGUCCAUUCCAGAGUUUGUAUCAGCCCAAUAACGAAGCCCACAUUUCCAUUCUGUAAGUCGUCAAAAUCGGAGUGACCUUUUUACCAACGGUCGGCGGUGACCAAUCGCAGGCGGCGAUGCUCGCCGGAGCUCACAUGUUGCCGUUCCUGCUAUGAAACCCAAAAGAUUUCGUAGGUACCCUUGCGCCGUUCAAAAUGUUGUCGAUCUCACCUCACGAGGUCAACUCCGGGAAGCCGUUGACGCUUUACCUCUCUUAUCUCGCAAUGGCUUUCUUUUGAACUCCGACUUAAUUGCCUCCCUCAUUCAUCAAUGCGCCGGUGCGAAAUCCAUUAGAUUCGGGAAAUCCGUCCACCUUCAUUUGAAGCUCACCGGUUCGAAACGCCCCAACGCGUUCUUGUCCAACCAUUUGAUUAAUAUGUACGCCAAAUGCGGCGAUCAUGUGAAGGCCCGCGACGUGUUUGAUAAAAUGACUGCGAGAAAUUUGUAUUCCUGGAACAACAUGCUUUCGGGUUACGCGAAGCUGGGGAUGGUGAAGGCCGCGAAACGACUGUUUGAUAAAAUGCCUGAGAGAGAUUUCGUCAGUUGGAAUACGAUGGUGAUGGCGUAUGUGCAGAGCGGGUGGUUUGAUGAGGCUCUAAGGCUUCAUAUGGAGUUAAGGAGGUCGAAUAUCGGGUUCAACGAAUACAGUUUUGCUGGGGUUUUAACUGUUUGUGUUAAGUUGAGAGAUUUGUGGCUUGCCAAACAAUUGCAUUGUCAAGUUUUCCUUCUUGGAUUCUUGUCAAAUGUGGUUCUUUCAAGUUCUAUAAUUGAUGUGUAUGCAAAAUGUGGUGAACUGGUAGAUGCUAGGAGGUUAUUCGAUCAGAUGAGCGAAAGGGAUGUUCUUGCUUGGACCACUUUGGUUUCAGGCUAUGCAAAAGGGGGUGAUAUGAAAUCGGCUCAAGAAAUGUUCGACACAAUGCCAGAGAAGAAUUCCGUUUCUUGGACUGCUUUGAUUGCAGGGUACGCCCAAAACGGAAUGGGACAUCAUUCCCUGAAGUUAUUCUCGAAGAUGGUCAUGCUUAAUAUAGAGCCUGAUCAAUUUACUUUCAGUAGUUGCCUUUUCGCUUGUGCUAGCAUAAUUUCACACGAUCACGGUAAGCAAAUUCAUUCACGGAUGAUAACUGCUGGGAUUAAGCCUAACGUAGUAGUUUUGAGCUCACUCAUCGACAUGUAUUCAAAGUGCGGAAGCUUAAAAUCUUCGAUAAGACUCUUCAACGCAACAGACAACAAGCAAAAUGUCGUUUUGUGGAACACGAUUAUUUCUGCGUUAGCACAUCACGGAUGUGGCAAGCAAGCAGUAAAGACGUUUGCCGAUAUGGUGAGGUCGGGUGUGAAGCCGGAUGAUGUCACCUUUCUCGCCCUUCUCAAUGCGUGCAGUCAUUCUGGGCUUGUUCAAGAAGGUAUUUAUCUGUUUGAAUCGAUGAAUCAAGAUUAUAGUAUUGUUCCAGAUCAAGGGCAUUAUGCGUGCUUGAUUGAUCUACUUGGACGGUCAGGAUGUUUCGAUGAGGUGAUGAAUCAACUGAAGAAGAUGCCAUUUGAGCCUGAUGAACGUGUUUGGAAUGCCUUAGUCGGUGUUUGUAAAAUUCAUGGGAAUAUUGAAUUGGGUAGAAUAGCAGCGAGGCAUCUUGUCGAACUCGAGCCUCAUUCCCCUGCAGCGUAUAUUUUAUUAUCGGGUAUAUAUGCUGCUCUUGGGAGAUGGGAAUCCGCGCAAGAAGUGAGACGGCUUAUGAACACGAGAAGUGUGGGCAAAGACAAGGCCCUUAGUUGGUUAGAGAUUGAUACAAAAUUGCGGUUAGAUAUUGAAAAACGUAGUAAGUUGCAUCGUACCGAAGAGGAAACAACCUCGGUUUUGGAAUUGUUAACUGAUGGGAGCUCAUUGUGUAAUGUUGAAAGAUAAAAUGCCCGAAUUCUUUUUAUUUUUUUUGUGUUUUCGCGUAUUUAUGACUAAGGAAGGUAAUCGAACCAUCUCUCCUUGUAAAACUUGGAAUGUUUUUAUUGCGAAAGUUUAUGCCAAACACGGUAUCGUUCUUAUCUGAUUA